CGUCAUUCCUUCUCCGACUAUUGUCCAUUAGAUAUAGAAACCAAAAGUAAUUGCUUUAUCUCGCAGCAAGCGAUACCAUGGAGAAGACAAAAAUAAAUAGCAAGAGGUUUGAAGGGAAGGUAGCUAUUGUCACUGCUUCUACGCAGGGAAUAGGCUUCGGAAUCGCUGAGCGCCUCGGCUUGGAAGGUGCCGCCGUCGUCAUUUCUUCUCGCAAGCAGAAAAAUGUAGAUGAAGCUGUUCAGAAGCUUAAAGUUCGGGGUAUCCAAGUGUUGGGUGUUGUUUGUCAUGUGUCAAACGCACAACAAAGGAAGAAUCUCAUUGAGAAAACAGUUCAGAAAUAUGGAAAAAUAGAUGUGGUUGUAUCGAAUGCUGCUGCCAAUCCAAGCGCUGAAUCCAUUUUGAACACCCAAGAAUCUGUCCUUGACAAGCUAUGGGAAAUUAAUGUCAAAGCCUCUAUCCUUCUUUUGCAGGAUGCAGCUCCUCACUUGCAGAAGGGUUCUUCAGUUAUUCUCAUUUCCUCUAUUGCUGGUUACCACCCUCAAGCUUCCAUGGCUAUGUAUGGGGUGACAAAGACAGCUCUUCUCGGACUCACUAAGGCCCUUGCAGCUGAGAUGGCACCUGAUACUCGUGUAAACUGUAUAGCACCAGGGUUUGUUCCAACACAUUUUGCUGAGUUCAUCACGGGCAAUGAGGCUUUGAGGAAGUCCAUUGAGGGAAAAACCUUACUGAACAGGCUUGGUACCACAGGAGACAUGGCCUCCGCAGCUGCAUUUUUGGCAUCUGAUGAUGCUUCUUACAUAACCGGAGAAACUUUGAUUGUGGCUGGAGGAAUACCCUCUAGACUUUAGUUUUCUUCAAUGGAUUAGCUUUAGUCCACAGUAAUAAACAAAUAAAUAUCCUAGCAGAGAGAAUUUUUCUUGCUGCUUUUGAUGGAUUAGCUUUCAUUUUUCAUGCGUUACAUGAAUUAUGUUACAAACAAAAUAGGUACGACUUUUUAUUUUCCAUGAGAAAAGUAAAAAAUUUCUUUUAUUGUCUGAAAAAAUUGCCUUUGAGGAA